AUGCUGUGGCUGCAGGGCAAGGGCGGGAGCAAGGGUGUGGCGCAGCUGCAUUCAUUGCUGCGCAUGAGGGAGGCCAACAUGCUGGGCCACAACGGGGGCUUCAAUGCGCCAGAGCGCUGCCACCUUGGCGCGCACAUGUUCCGGCCCAACUUCCCUGUGGAGCUCAUUGACCGCAUGCAGAGCCGCGCCUACAUCGGCCAGUUCUCUGCAGAGGGGGAUGUCUUCAUUGCGGCGUUCCAGCACGACCGGCGCAUCCGCGUGUACGAGACGGAGAACAGCUGGCGGCUGCGCAAGAAUGUGCACUGCCGUAAUCUGCGCUGGACUGUAACGGACACCUGCCUCUCCCCCGACCAGCAAUUCCUGCUCUACGCCUCCAUCAACCCCACAGUGCACAUGGUGAACAUGCGGACGGGCGCGGUGGAGUCGGAGGCGAAUGUGACGGACAUUCACGAGGCGCUACACUUUGACGUGAUGGACAACGAGGGAGCAAGCGACUACCACCACAGCUUUGGCAUCUGGAGCCUUCGCUGGGGCGCCGAUGGGCGCGAGGUUGUGGCCGGCACCGGGGACCACUCCCUAUACGUCUACAACAUGGAGCGCCAAAAGACGGUGCUGAGGAUCACAGGGCACCAGGACGAUGUCAAUGCGGUUGCAUUCAUGGAUGAGAGCUCGCACAUCAUUGCCUCGGGCUCUGAUGACACCCUGAUCAAGGCGAGCUCCCAUCACCACCUCUUUUCACAUCGGGCCAAGCCGGCGGGCGUGCUGGUGGGGCACAGCGAGGGGCUGACUCAUCUGGACUCCAAGGGAGAUGGCCGUUACCUGCUGUCCAAUUCCAAGGACCAGACUGCGCGUCUCUGGGAUGUUCGCAAGAUGUACAGCUCUCAUGAGUACAGCAGGCUGCCGCGGCCCACCAUUCCCUCCUUUGGCAACUGGGACUACCGGUGGGCAGAUUUCCCGGCGCGCGGCUACAUAGUGCCCCACCCGCAAGAUGUCAGCGUGCAGGCCUUCCGCGGCCACUCGGUGCUGCAGACGCUCAUCCGCGCAUAUUUCUCGCCUGCCCACACCACCGGCCAGCGCUACGUGUACACUGGCUCCGCCGACGGCUCCGUCCGCAUCUAUGACAUUGUGACCGGGCGCACGGUGGACCAGCUGCGGUACCACCACGAGAUUGUGCGCGACCUUUCCUGGCACCCGAGCGAGCCGAUGCUGGUGACGACCUCCUUUGACGGCAGCGUGGUGCAAUGGGAGCCCUGCCGCCUGCACCCGGGCAGCGAUGACGAUGACGUGGCGGAGACCAAGCCCGUCCGACGGCGCGCCCUCCCGGACGACCCCGGCGACGACCGCCUCGAGGACUUCUACUGA